UCAAUUAUAAAAAGCAUGAGAAAGAAUAAGAAUGGAAGAAGAUUUCAAACUGUAUAUUGGAGUCAAACUCCACCCAGAGAUUAAAUGUUGGCAGAUUGACCCAAACAAAGAGCUUAGCCCAUGCACUCUUUCAAGAGUCAAACUUGAACAAACCAUUUAUGAUUUCAUAUUGGUUCAAUGAAGUACCCCUUUCUUCACUUCACUUCUUUCUCUAUCUAUGGCCCUGCCUUGGACCUUUUCUUCUUGCCAACAUGAUACACACUUCCAUUUUGGGGGCUUAUUUAUUCACACCCUUUUCAUCAUUUUGUGUUUUUCCUUCAUGACUGUUGCUGUUCUACCCUGAGAAGAAGGGGAAAAGAAAACUUUCAUCAUGGGAAACUGUUGCAGAAAACCAGUUGCUCAUGUGUCUUCCACAAGUCAUUUUGGAAGUACAAAGUCUCAAAGUAAGGAAAAUUCUCCUGAACAAAAAGUUACUUUGAAAACUUCAGCAUCAAAUAUAGACAAAUUCGUGUCCAACAAUCUCAAGUCCUUUACCUUCAAUGAUCUAAAGGAGGCCACAAAGAACUUCCGGCAAGAAAAUUUAAUUGGAGAGGGAGGGUUUGGGUUUGUCUACAAGGGAUGGAUAGAUGAGAACACUGGUGCUCCUACAAAACCAGGAACUGGGAUUGUGGUGGCCAUUAAGAAGCUUAAGCCAGAAAGCUUCCAAGGCCAGAAUGAAUGGCUUGCAGAAGUCAAUUAUCUAGGACAACAUCAGCAUGAAAAUUUGGUGAAACUUAUUGGUUACUGCUCAGAAGGUAAAAACUGGCUACUAGUUUAUGAGUUUAUGCCGAAAGGAAGUUUGGAGAAUCAUUUAUUCAGAAAGGGGGUUCAACCAAUAUCCUGGAUCACACGGGUCAAUAUUGCAAUUUCUGUUGCAAGAGCAUUGACAUUCUUGCAUUCCCUUCAUCCAAAUGUCAUCUAUCGUGAUUUAAAGGCUUCCAACAUCCUACUUGAUUCUGAUUUCAAUGCAAAACUUUCGGAUUUUGGCUUGGCAAGAGAUGGCCCUACUGGAGAUAACACUCAUGUUUCAACGAGAGUUAUUGGAACUCAGGGUUAUGCUGCACCAGAGUAUGUAGCUACAGGUCAUUUGAACCCAAGGAGUGAUGUAUACAGCUUUGGUGUUGUCUUGUUAGAGUUGCUAACAGGAAGGCGUGUAGUUGAAGAUGAGAAGGCUGCAUUUUCAGAAGAAACACUGGUGGAUUGGGCAAAGCCCUUCCUGAGUGACAACAGAAGAAUUUCUAGAGUCAUGGAUACCAGAUUGGGUGGUCAAUACUCCAAGAAAGGAGCACAAGCUGCAGCUGCACUUGCUCUCCAAUGCCUGAAUAUGGAUCCCAAAUUUAGACCACACAUGGUUGAUGUUCUAGCUGCAUUGGAAGCACUACAUUCCUCAAGUUCAAUCCCAAGGAACCUAAAAUGUGGAAAUGGGAAUCAUGCAACCAAGCAUUAUUCUAGUCAUUCCCAAAAGUUAGUUGGCAAUAGUAACAAAAUCUGAGCUGCUUUUCUCUAUAUGGAAUCUAAUGCUUCUACAUCCCAACAAGUGCUUUCUUCUUUCAUAGUGUGGCUAAGUGAAUAAUUUUCAUUGAAGCACGGGACUAUACUAUCUUUUUGGGGUUCUUAUGGGAAAGCAUUGCAAUGCUUACAGGGAACAAUUUAUGAAGCAAAUUGUAUUAUAUUGUAAAAGCAAGGAAAAUAAAUAUUGCACAAGGUUCAAUCCUGGAAAAAAAUAUCAGUAAGAAAAGAAGACUUAUAUAUUUAGAUGCAUGCUGCUAUUAUUCA